GCGGGAGAGUGUCUGGCUACGCGAGGCUAGCUGUAUCUUUUGGUAUGGCUGAUUUUGCUGCACAUCUAAAUCAGCGGCAGUCAUUGAACAGGCCUAGCUUUUUUGAACUCGCUGCUCAGGAAGGCAUGGAAAUGACUCUACGCCGCGCCUUUGAGUUUUUUCUCAAUCAAAUUUCUAUGAGCUACCCCACUAAUUAUGGAUGGCUAUCUCAUCGCUGUGAUGAACUCUAUACCGCAUUUAACUUUAUUUUACAAUACCACAGUAUAUCUAAAUACGAGGCUUCUAUAUCAGAGAAAUUUUAUGGAAUGAAGCGAGUUCCUUCUGCUCGGUGUGUGGACGAUAGAAUUGAUGGAAUAGUUUUGUAUGAAUUUUUGUGUUCUAGACAGGAGUCUCGUCUCUUGUUUCAUCGGAGGAUAUCGGACACAAAGAAAAUGCUUUCGAUGUUUUUCUUGGUGGCCGUGCCGUAUGUCAAAGUGAAGCUAGACAGGCUAUACGGUCAUCUUCAAGAAGAGCAUGAAUGCGAAACCAAUUCAUCCGAACACACUUUGGGACAUCUUCUCAAAGAGUCAUUCUUUAAGACGUAUCCAUACGUCCAUUUCAUAUGGGAAAGCUUGAUACUGUUGUACCAACUGCUGUACCUUUUCAAGUACUCCAAGUUCUACUCGCCUUUUCUCAUGCUGGCCGGAGUACAACUUGCAAGACAAACGAAGGAGGAUUUAUCACUAGAAACUGUUCAGUCGUCGAACGGCGGUGUGAUGAGAUUGCUUGAGUUCGUUAUUGGGCUUUUGACGAAAUCUGUUCCUGUGGGUGUGUUCUUUUUGAAGUUUCUCAACUGGUGGCAUUCUGAUGAACACACAAGAGUAACGGCCGCUAUUACUCGACUUCCGGCUCCGCCUCCCCCUGAUCCACUCCAGCCGGCGCCUGGUGUGAGUCUGCCUCCUCAUCCGGUUCAGUGCCCUCUCUGUUUCAAGUCUCGACGAACCGCAUCCGUUCUAACGACUUCAGGCUAUGUGUUUUGCUACGCAUGCGCAUACGACUACAUCGAGCACAACGGAAAGUGUCCGGUCACACACUUGCCCACAACAACAGCGCAACUGGUGAGACUAUACCCGAACAGCUGA